CCAGGCCGUGAGGGUGAGCGGGUCACGAUGCCGUCCAACUCCACCAACAUGAGGCUGAAGUUCCCCGUGGUGGCUCUGACGCUGGAGAUCAUCACCAUCAUCCUGUACGCCAUCUUCGUGGUGUACGACGACGGGCACGACCACGCUUCGGAUCAUCACAGCGCCGACAAUGAGACUCACACCGAGAAGAGCCCGGUGGCCCUCUACCCCAUGUUCCAGGACGUCCACGUGAUGAUCUUUAUUGGUUUCGGGUUCCUCAUGACCUUCCUGAAGAAGUACGGCUUCAGCAGCGUGGGCAUCAACCUGCUGCUGGCCGCCUUCGGUCUGCAGUGGGGUUUACUGCUGCAGAACAUCUGGCACCUGCACGAUGGCAAGAUCAAGGUCUCCAUCUCGAGCAUGAUCAAUGCUGAUUUCAGCACGGCGACGGUGCUCAUCUCCUUCGGCGCUGUUUUGGGGAAGACCAGCCCGGUUCAGCUGCUCAUCAUGACCCUGCUGGAGAUCACCACCUUCUGCAUUAAUGAACACCUUGCUGUUGGAAUCCUGUCGGCGUCUGAUAUUGGAGCCUCCAUGACCAUCCACGCGUUUGGAGCUUAUUUCGGACUCGCCGUCGCUCGGAUGCUCUACCGACCGGGUCUCCGCGACGGCCACGACAACGAGGGAUCCGUUUAUCACUCCGAUAUGUUCGCGAUGAUCGGAACCGUGUACCUGUGGAUGUUCUGGCCGAGCUUUAACUCCGCCAUCGCCGCUCCUGGAGCUCCACAGCUCACCGCCAUCAUCAACACCUACUUCUCUCUGGCCGCCUGCGCCCUCGCCGCCUACGCCACGUCCAGCCUGGUGGAGAAGAAAGGAAAACUGGACAUGGUUCACAUUCAGAACGCCACGCUGGCCGGUGGUGUGGCUGUGGGAACUUGUGCCGAUAUGAGCAUCGCACCGUUCGGAGCCAUGCUGAUCGGAGUCGUCGCCGGGGUCAUUUCCACCCUCGGCUUCAAAUUCCUCUCUCCCAUUCUUGCAUCCAAGCUGGGAAUUCAGGACACGUGUGGAGUUCAUAACCUGCACGGCAUGCCGGGGAUCCUGGGAGGCCUCGCUGGCAUCGUAGCUGCAGCACUGGGCAAAAAAAAAGGCGUUUCUCCGGUGUAUCAGGCGGCUGCUCUGGCUUCAUCUCUGGGUUUCGCUCUUGUUGGAGGAGCCAUAACAGGUCUGAUAAUGAAGUUGCCGUUUUGGGGGCAGCCGCCCGAUCAGAACUGCUACGACGACUCCAUCUACUGGGAGGUACCUGAGGAGGAGGAGGCAGAAGAAAGUCUCACUCACACCGACCAUUCGAAGAACAAAACAGAGGCUUAAAACCGCAAACCUCAACAUCACUCAUCAGGGAUCAACCAGGAUCAUCAGAGCAGCUCAAACCAACCAAACCAACCGAAACAACCGAACCAACCGAAUUAUCAGUCGACUUCCGUUAAAGCCAAAGUUUCACUGUGUAUUAUACUUCUAUAUUUUUUUAUAUUAGAAUUUUAAACCUCUUGUUUUGAUACUAACUCCCCGUGCCUUACAGAGACUGAUCUCAGAUCAGAUCAGAUCAGUAAAGAGACGUCUGAAUGCAUGCUUUAAUAUUUCCUCCACCCCCCCCACCCCCACACACACACACAGGUGACUGACUUAAUAUGAUUUAUACACUUUUGUAUUUAUGUGUGUGUGUGUCUGUGUGUGUGUGUGUGUGUGUUUAUAUCACUAGCUUGAGCUUCCUAUAGUUAGAAGAAUGUGAAGCUCCUGGCAUCACAGUAUAUCACAAAAAAGAUUAAAAUUGUAAUAAACAUAUUCUGUCUUCAAUAAAUAUGUUUUAUACAUCU